GCACCCAACUCGUCCUACUCUAGCCAGCUCACGAACAAUGGCUACCACCACCAAGCUUGCAGCUCUUGGCUUUGUUGUCCUUGUGAGCAUUGGAUUUGCCGAUGCUGCAAGGAUGCUCGCUAGCUCCUCCAGUUCCUCAGGUGGUGGUGGUGGCGGGGGAGGCGGCGGCGGUGCGUCUGGUGGAAGUGGAUAUGGUGAAGGGUCUGGGUCUGGUGGAGGCUUAGGAUAUGGUGAGAGUGGUGGAGAUUUGGGUAACAAGUGGAACUUUGCCAAGGGAUUUGGUGGAGGGGGAGGAGCUGGUGGUGGCGGAGGAUCAAAGGGUGGAUCUGGGUCUGGUUCCGGAUCCGGCUAUGGCUCUGGUAGCGGUCUGAGUGGCUCUGCGUUAGCCCCAAGCGGCAAUGGUUAUGCCAAUGCUGAUGGUAUGGGAGGGGGCGGCGGCGAAGGUGGCGGUGCAAAUGGGACUAGUGGAACCGGAGUUGGAUCUGGCCUUGGCAAGGGAUAUGGUGAGAGUGGUGUGUCAAUCGCACCGGCUCCUGUUGCCGGUGGUGACGGUACCAGCUACUCUGAUGCUAGCGGUAGUGGUAAUGGUGGUGGCGGCGGAAACAACGGAAAUGGAGGUGGUGUGGGCACUGGCGCUGGACAAGCCGGCAGCGAUGACACUUCUGGAGGCUUUGCGAAUGGAGGAGGAAGUGGCAAUGGUGGUGGCGCGACUGGAGGUGCCGCUGAUGGCCCAAGCAUUGGAGUUGGAUCUGGUGUUGGGUCUGGCGCCGCUCAGACAGGUAGCACCGGCUCUUAUGGCCAAGGCUAUGCCACGGGAAAUGGUGGUGGCCUGGGUGGCGGCACUGGUGAGAGCCAGAAUGGAGGAAGUGGCAGUGGUGGAGGCAAUGGAUCCGGAUCUGGUGGUGGAGGAUACCACUAAAUUAUCCCUUGCUGAGCAAGCUAGAACUGGACAUCGAUAUGCAUUUUAGUUUCAAUCAUUGUACUAGCAUUUCACAUCAAAGGACACAUGGCAUGCAUGGAAGGGACGAUCUUGAGCGUCGUUGGAAGGAACUAAAUAUCAUUUCUUGUAUUAGCAUUUAACUCAUAUACAUGUUCAGGCAGGUUUGCAGCAAUAUAAAUAAUAAUAAUGUGAAGGAGUACCUCAUUUGUAGCCUUUUGUAUCUCAAAUAGUCGAUUGCUUGAUUCCA